GCAUCAUUUGGAAACCAGCAAAAGCAAAAGAAGAUUCAAGACAAGAUAGGAAUACAAGGAGACCUAAAAGUUCUUCAAAUAUCAGUUUAAAUUGGGCAAUUUAUUAUGACGAGUAAGAAACAAGGGCAACAACAAAUGCUGCUCAUGAAGAACUCUGGGACAAUUGACAACAUCGUCAGCCCUUUGCUCGAUGAAUGUACGGACAAGGAGAUGACGAACUCUGCGUUAACAACGUUUCGUGCUAUGGAAGAAGAGAUCGAGAGGAGGAAGAUUGAGGUCCGGGGGAAAGUUCUUGCUCAGUUAGGCCGCAUGGAGGAAGAAACAAAGCGUCUGGCUGAAAUUCGUGGAGAGAUUGAAGCUUUGGCUGAUCCAAUGAGGAAGGAAGUUGCAGUUAUCCGCAAGAGGAUUGAUCUUAUUAAUCGAGACUUGAAGCCGUUGGGACAGAGCUGUCGGAAGAAGGAAAAAGAAUAUAAAGAAGCGAUUGAAGCUUUUAAUGAGAAGAACAAGGAAAAGGGUCAGCUGAUUGGGAAGCUAUUGGAGUUGGUAACUGAAAGUGAGAAAUUGAGGUUGGAGAAACUGGAGGAGCUUUGCAACAACAUAUAGACCAACUCCUUCAUCAACAAAUCAACAACUUCAACAUCAGUUCACUGCUAUCUCUGCUUAUCA